AUGGCGUAUAUCCUCCCUCGUUCAGCUCCCCGGGCCUUCCGCUUCACUGCGCGUACGGCGUUGCGACUACAGGUCAGCUAUCAACGCCCCGCAGCGCGAUCACUCCUGCGACGAGGCAUCGCGACGCCCACGGAGCAGCCACGCCUCCGUCUGGGGUCAAUUGCUCCCAACUUCCAGGCAAAGACAACGCAUGGCGACAUUGACUUCCACAAAUUUAUCGACAACAGCUGGGCCAUCCUGUUCUCGCAUCCCGCCGACUUCACCCCCGUGUGCACGACAGAGCUGGGCGCUUUCGCGAGGUUGAAGGAUGAGUUCGACCGGCGCGGCGUCAAGAUGAUUGGUCUGAGUGCCAACGAUCUCUCCUCACACGACCAGUGGGUCUCGGACAUCAACGAAGUCUGCAACACCAAGGUCCAGUUUCCCAUCAUCGCCGACGCGGACCGCAAAGUCGCCUUCCUGUAUGACAUGAUCUCGCAGGACGACCUGGACAACAUUGGGCGGGGCAUCGCCUUCACCAUCCGCGCCGUCUAUAUCAUCGACCCGGAGAAGAAGAUACGCCUGACGAUGCUCUAUCCUGCGAGCACGGGGCGGAAUACAGCAGAGGUGCUGCGCGUCAUCGACAGCCUCCAGACGGGCGAUAAGAAGGGCGUCGUCACACCCAUUGACUGGCAGGUUGGCGACGAUGUCAUUGUACCGCCGUCGGUGUCGACGGAGGAUGCGCGGAAGAAAUUUGGAGACGUGCGCGAGGUCAAGCCCUAUUUGCGAUUCGCCAAUGUGGGUAAAUAG